UUAGUUUAGGCAGCGAGUAGUGGGGGAUAGGCAGCACAACUGGAAAACACCACAUAAAAAUUUCCUUGGUCCCAAUCCUAUGCAUUCCCCCUCUUUCCUCACCUUCUUUCCCCUCAGAGCCAUCUUUCCAUGAUAAAAAGGAAAAAGAUCUCCUUUUUAUUCCCCAUCUCCGCGCGCUCUCUCUCUCUCUCUCUUGUGUUCCUACAGUGAAAGACUCCCUGAUCGUCUGCCCCCGUUCUCGUUUUCUUCGCCCAAUUGGGCGUGCUCUUCUCGGUCCCUCUGAUCCCAGUCCCAUCCUUUCUUGAUCCCGGAGAUCGAAUUUUUAUGGUCCGCAUUGCUCUUUCCGAUCGUCGAAACCAGUUCUUCUUGAUUGACGGGAAUGGGGGCUAGGUGAGUGAUUUGUGGCGAGGGGAACGGAUUAGGGUUCUUUAGGGGACCGCGACGUCCGCCACCGAUGGCUACUGAGGUGCGGCCUCGAGAUCCGAGCAUGCGACCGCCCAUGGUCCCGCUGGCGACCCUCAUCGGCCGCGAGCUUCGCGGGGGCAAGUCCGAGAAGCCCGCCAUCAAGUACGGGCACGCCGCCUUCGCCAAGAGAGGGGAGGACUACUUCCUUGUCAGGCCCGACUGCCUUCGGGUCCCCGGCGACGCCGCCUCCUCCUUCUCGGUCUUCGCGAUCUUUGACGGGCACAAUGGUGUUUCUGCUGCUGUGUUCGCAAAAGAGCACCUUUUGGAGCACGUUAUGAGUGCGAUCCCUCAGGGAAUCGGUAGGGAAGAAUGGCUUGAAGCCCUUCCGCGUGCACUGGUCGCUGGUUUUGUCAAGACGGACAUCGAUUUCCAGCGCAAAGGGGAGACUUCUGGGACGACAGCGACGCUGGUUGUCGUCGAUGGGUGGACUGUCACAGUUGCAUCUGUGGGUGACUCGAGGUGCAUUCUGGAUUCGCAAGACGGUGUGGUCUCAUUGCUUACGGUUGAUCAUAGGCUGGAAGAGAAUGUUGAGGAGAGGGAACGUGUGACUGCUAGUGGAGGAGAGGUUGGAAGGCUUAAUAUUUGCGGUGGAAAAGAGGUUGGACCGCUUCGCUGUUGGCCGGGUGGGUUAUGCCUUUCAAGGUCAAUCGGGGAUACAGAUGUGGGCGAGUUCAUUGUCCCGAUUCCUCAUGUGAAGCAAGUCAAGCUUUCAAGUGUUGGAGGACGUUUGAUAAUUGCUUCUGAUGGCAUAUGGGAUGCCCUUUCAUCCGAGCUAGCAGCCAAAGCUUGCCGAGGAAUUCCUGCGGAACUUGCUGCAAAGCUCGUUGUUAAGGAAGCAUUGAGAACAAGUGGCUUGAAAGAUGACACGACUUGCCUAGUUGUUGAUAUAAUUCCAUCUGAUCACACUCUCCCACUACCAUCACCAGUAAAACAGCAAAACAAGUUCAGAUCACUCUUUGGGAAGAAGCCACAGAAUGCUGCUGGCAAACCUAACAAACUUUCUUCUGUUGGCGCUGUGGAGGAAUUAUUUGAGGAGGGGUCAGCUAUGCUGGAAGAAAGGCUGGGAAAAAGUUUCUCAUCAAGGGAGAACACAGGGCUUCUAAGAUGCGCAAUCUGCCAAACUGACCAAGUUCCAGAUGAUGAUUUAUUCGUUAAUUCAGGUGAUCUCUUCUCCCCACCAUCGAAGCAACAGGAGGGUCCAUAUCUUUGCGUUGACUGCCGGAGGAAGAAGGAUGCCAUGGAGGGGAAACGGCCCAGUGAUUCAUCUAUGUCCAGGUGAAAUACUGAUGGAAUGUGUUCAAAUGUAAAGAGGGUUAAGGUGAAUAAACUGUUGGCUAAUGUUCCGAGGUGGUUUCCUGAUUGUUGUUUGGUGAACUAACUGCGGUGCUAUCUCACAUUGUGAUAGUUUGAUUACUAACCAGGUGUGGAAGUUGUAUGAACCACUGAUGGUGAACUAGUGAUAUUGCUCAAGAAAUAGCUUCAUUUAUCUACUUGGAAGCCUCAGGCAAAAAGCAUUUUGGUUCAUGCAAUACUGAAUCAAAAGAUCACAGAUGACAUACUUUAUGCAGAAAUAUAUAGUAAUUUGGU